GGGCCAGUAAGUUGAAUUGUCACACUGGUGCUCCCCAAAGUCUGAGAUGGAGGGAAGCGUAUCAAAUGUAGAAAUCUGUAAUUUAGCGUACACUGGAAAGUUUGAAGAACUUAAAAGUUGCGUCUUCUCUGACAGCGCACUAGCGACGAAAACAGACCAGGACAGCAGGACAGCUCUGCACUGGGCUUGUUCAGCUGGACAUGCGGAUAUCGUGCAGUUUCUGCUGGAGCUUGGAGUUGAAGUGAAUAUCGAAGAUGAUGCAUGUUGGACUCCUCUUCAUAUAGCAGCUUCUGCUGGGAGAGAAGAAAUAGUCAGAUCCUUAAUAUCCAAAGGAGCUCAGUUGAACUCUGUGAACCAGAAUGGUUGUACGCCACUACACUACGCUGCAUCUAAAGAUCGAUAUGAGAUAGCCCAGAUUCUGCUGGAAAACGGUGCAGAUCCUAAUGCAACAGAUAAACUGCAAUCCACACCUUUGCACAGAGCAUCUGCUAAAGGCAACUACCGACUCAUUCAGCUUCUUUUGAAAGAGAGCGCUUCUACUAACAUUCAAGACUCAGAAGGAAACACGCCACUUCAUCUUGCAUGUGAUGAGGACCGAGCAGAGGCUGCAAAACUCCUUGUGGAACAUGGUGCCAGCAUCUACAUUGAGAACAAGGAAAACAUGACGCCUCUACAAGUGGCUAAAGGUGGCUUGGGAUCUAUGUUGAAACGGGUAGUAGAGGGCUGAAGGAUCCUGAGUGGAAACGGAGCAACGCAGCUUUUA